CUAAAGAGUAAUGGAACCACUGGUUCUGCAGAUUAGUUUUGUAGUUACUGUUUCAUUCUCCUAUCUGCUAUGCAUGACUCCUUCACCUUUGGGCUAGAAUUAUUCUUCUAGGAGGUUCAUAUUUAGCUGUUGAAGUUGAUUUUCCAUAGAUCUGUUAAGAUUGGAAGCAUGAACAUUUGGGGGAAAUGAAUUUUGUUUGGCUCAAUACUACAUCUGAGCUGACAAAUCAGCUUUCAGUGAUAAACCCAACAGAAAAGUUUUGAAGUGGUAAUUUUUGUCAUCUAUUGAAUUGUUUUAGUAUUUGCAAAGAAACCAGUUCUUCCGUUUUGGUCUGGCAUAUGAGUGCAUGUCUCCAGGUUGAAGAGAAAUACAUACCCACCUUAUCUGCUGCAACUAGUAUCUAGCAUCCCUGCUAUCAAUUGUUCUGCACAGAAGCAAACAGAACCUCAGUGUUUCUAAUUCUUCCUUGGCCAUCUGUUACCCACUAAAUAUUUUGUUCGGUGUUCAGGAAUUUGGAUCUAUCAAUUUAUCGAUGUUUGAGGAUCUCUACGGGUACUUUUAAUCAUCUUCCAUUUCCCGGGUAGUUUACAUUUGAUUCAGCAACCCCUGCCACCUAUAUCGCCAUGAACAACCUUAAGCUGGGGGUAGAUGUGGUUAGUGCACACAAUCUUAUGCCUAAAGAUGGGCAAGGGUCAUCUAGUGCCUUUGUAGAGCUCUACUUUGAUGGUCAGAAGUUCCGAACCACUAUCAAAGAAAAGGAUCUCAACCCUGUUUGGAAUGAAAGCUUCUAUUUCAACAUCUCCGAUCCUUCCAACCUCCAUUACCUCACUCUUGAUGUCUACAUCUAUAAUAACACAAAGGCUACCAACUCCAGGUCCUUCCUUGGGAAAGUUUCCCUAACUGGGACUUCAUUUGUCCCAUACUCUGAUGCUGUUGUCCUGCACUAUCCUGUGGAGAAACGGGGCAUCUUCUCACGUGUAAGAGGGGAGCUUGGCCUUAAAGUUUAUAUCACAGAUGAUCCUUCAAUAAAGUCCUCUAUCCCAGUUCCUUCAGUUGAAUCUACACAUAAAGAUGCAAGCCUAACUCAUGACCAAACAGUUCCCAAUCCAGUCCCAACUGGCAGUGAGAAAGCAGAGGCAAGACACACCUUCCAUCAUCUCCCUAACCCAAAUCAUCCCCAACAUCAGCACCAGUCUUUUCCGGUAGCAGUCCAUCAAGCAACAAAAUAUGGGGUUGAUGAGAUGAAAUCUGAACCACAGCCUCCAAAGCUUGUUCGCAUGUACUCUUCAUCACCAGCACAACCUGUUGAUUUUGCACUUAAAGAGACGAGUCCAUUCCUUGGAGGAGGACAAGUUGUCAGGGGUCGUGUUAUUCGUUCAGACAAGACUGCAAGCACUUAUGAUCUUGUUGAACAAAUGCAGUUCCUCUUUGUAAGGGUUGUUAAGGCUCGGGAGCUUCCUGCUAUGGAUGUUACUGGGAGUCUUGAUCCAUAUGUUGAGGUGAAAAUUGGAAACUAUAAAGGAGUUACAAAGCACAUGGAGAAGAAGCAAAAUCCAGAGUGGAAUGUAGUGUUUGCCUUUUCGAGGGAUCGGAUGCAAGCUUCUGUACUAGAAGUAGUGGUUAAGGACAAGGAUCUGGUAAAAGAUGACUUUGUAGGCAGGGCAAGGUUUGACCUCAAUGAGGUUCCUAUGCGGGUUCCGCCUGAUAGCCCACUGGCUCCAGAAUGGUACCGGCUAGAGGACAAGAAGGGGGAGAAGAUCAAGGGUGAGCUGAUGCUUGCAGUCUGGAUUGGCACCCAAGCAGAUGAGGCUUUUCCUGAUGCAUGGCAUUCUGAUUCAGCUACACCCGUUGACAGCUCAGCAGCUGCCUCUACUCUGAUCCGUUCAAAGGUUUAUCAUGCACCACGGUUAUGGUAUGUGCGUGUUAACAUUAUUGAGGCACAAGAUUUGGUCCCAACAGAGAAGAAUCGUUUCCCAGAUGUGUAUGUCAAGGUACAUAUAGGAAACCAGGUCAUGAAGACAAAGACAGUUCAGGCUCGGUCACUGACCACACUCUGGAAUGAGGAUCUUUUAUUCGUUGCUGCCGAACCCUUUGAAGAUCAUCUGAUACUUUCAGUCGAGGAUCGUGUGGGUCCUGGAAAAGACGAGAUCCUGGGAAGGGUCAUCAUACCAUUGAGCACAGUAGAUAGGCGUGCUGAUGAUCGAAUGAUCCAUUCCCGGUGGUAUAACCUGGAAAAGCCCAUAGCUGUAGACGUGGAUCAAUUGAAGAAAGAGAAAUUCUCUAGCAGGCUCCAUCUUCAAGUUUGUCUAGAUGGAGGUUACCAUGUUCUUGAUGAGUCAACUCACUAUAGCAGUGACCUCCGCCCCACGGCAAAACAGCUCUGGAAGCCAUCCAUUGGGGUUUUAGAGCUUGGCAUCCUGAAUGCUGUAGGUCUUCACCCCAUGAAAACAAGAGAUGGGAAGGGCACAUCAGAUACCUACUGUGUGGCCAAGUAUGGUCACAAAUGGAUCAGAACACGAACUAUUGUGGAUAACCUUUGUCCAAGAUACAAUGAGCAGUACACAUGGGAGGUUUUUGAUCCAGCUACAGUUCUCACUGUAGGUGUUUUUGACAAUAGCCAGCUUGGGGAAAAGGGUUCAAAUGGUAACAAAGACCUGAAAAUUGGGAAGGUUCGGAUUCGUAUUUCUACCCUGGAAACAGGCCGUGUUUAUACUCACUCUUAUCCCCUGUUGGUUCUUCACCCAAGUGGCGUCAAGAAGAUGGGAGAGCUGCAUAUGGCAAUCCGAUUUUCCUGCACAUCUUUUGUAAACAUGCUUUAUAUUUACUCACGACCCUUGUUACCAAAAAUGCACUAUGUAAGGCCCUUUUCUGUGAUGCAGCUUGAUAUGCUACGACACCAAGCUGUCAACAUAGUGGCAGCAAGGUUAGGUCGAGCAGAGCCCCCACUCCGGAAGGAGGUGGUGGAAUACAUGUCGGAUGUGGAUUCACACCUUUGGAGCAUGCGGCGGAGCAAGGCAAAUUUCUUCCGGCUAAUGUCAAUUUUCUCGGGAUUAUUUGCAGUAGGGAAAUGGUUUGGUGAUAUCUGCAUGUGGAGGAACCCCAUCACAACAGUGCUAGUGCAUGUGCUCUUUCUCAUGCUUGUUUGCUUCCCAGAACUAAUCUUACCCACCGUCUUCCUCUAUAUGUUUCUGAUAGGGGUAUGGAACUUCCGCUACCGGCCAAGGUACCCUCCACAUAUGAACACAAGGAUCUCACAAGCUGAUGCAGUGCACCCUGAUGAACUUGAUGAGGAGUUCGACACAUUUCCAACAAGCCGGAGCCCAGAGCUGGUGAGAUUGAGGUAUGAUCGCCUGAGGAGCGUGGCUGGUAGGAUUCAGACUGUGGUGGGUGAUGUAGCGACUCAGGGAGAGCGAGUUCAGUCUCUGUUAAGCUGGCGAGAUCCACGAGCUACCGCCAUCUUUGUUACUUUCUGUCUGGUAGCAGCACUGGUAUUGUAUGUGACACCAUUCCAGGUCAUAGCAGCCUUGGCAGGAUUCUACAUGAUGAGACAUCCCAGAUUUCGCUACAGGUUGCCAUCAGCACCAAUCAACUUCUUCCGUCGCCUGCCCGCCAGGACUGAUAGUAUGUUGUAGUAAGCCUUGUAGGUUGGAGAUUCUUGCUAGGCUAUUUCCCUUCGUUCUUCAUCAAUGUUUGCUGCACCUUGUUCUUCUGUUUCUUUAGUUGUUCAGUCUGUCUUGGUCUUAGACUACUGUAAUCGACUGUUGAGACCCCAAGGGAGUAUAAAUAAAUUCUGUAUAUGGCCUUUCUAGCCA